CUCGCUUAGAGUCCAUUAGGGUCGUUGGCGGUCAGAGAUUCGGACAUGCUUGGUCGAAGUUUUUUUUCUCCCAUCAUGUUAUAUAUGUAAAACAAAACCGAUUUAUUACAGGAAGAAGGAUGUAGUUGUUUGUAUAAAUAGGCUGAUGAUAGCUGCACAACUCAGAAAAGUCUUGAACUCUUCAUUACUUGCGGCCAGCUUUGUCAACACUUUACAAGGACAAUGUGGACUGUGGGCCUCCUUCUUGCUGUUCUCGUUGGUGUAUGCAGCGGUACUUACAAUAUGAUGUAUGGUGGUGGCAGAGGAGGAGGAGGAUAUGGUUUCGACGGCGAUGAAGGAUUUGGAUAUGGUGGAAUGAACGGCGGUUACAACCGAUACGGAAUGGGGGGCCAAGGCUAUGGAAUCGGAGGAAACCUGGGUGGUGGCUACCAGUCCUAUGGAGGAUACCCAUCUUACACGUCUGGAUCUAUGGGUUUUGGACGUUAUCCAUCUAUGGGAUCCAUGGGAGGUGCAAUUGGAGGUAUUUCUGGCCCCGGAGGAUACGCUUAUGGUGGAUAUGGAAGGGGACCCUACGGAGGAUCUGCUGGAUUUAUCGGCGGCAGGAGAUACCCCGGACAACAUGGCGGUUACCGGAGAUAUCCAAAAGGCAAAGGAAGAUAUUAUUAAACAACACCUAAAAGCCACUAUCCUGACCCUGCCUGUCCAGUUUUGUAUCAUGUAAACACAUCUUAUAACUUAUUCGUCCAUUUUAUUGUUGUGAUCGUCAUUUGUAAUAUCUAGAUUGAAAUAAAUUUCAUCUGCUCGUU